AUGCAUAGAGAUCAAGAUGAAAGAGAAAAUCAAGAUCAAGAGAAAAAUGAAAAUCCCUCUGGAUUCAGCAGUGACAUUAAUCAAGAUAAAGGGGACUUCGAUGUGCCAGAGUCAUGCACGAAAGUUGCUGCAGACUUUGUUUCUGCUGAAAAUAUACAUGAGUGCCUUCGACUAACUGAAGAGUUCAGGCUACUACCGAAGAACCACAGGGCUAGAGAAGACGAGCUAGAGGUCAAGAAGAUGAUCCUUCACGCUGUCAACAAUGCUGUCAGUGAUUUUGAAAAGUUUGGAGAUUCAGUGACUCUUUGUAAAAUAAUGUCUAAGAGGAGGUUCAUGGCUUCAUGUGUUCCUAUUCUUAAAGUUGGAUACAACACAUCAAGAUGCGCCAAAACUGAUCACAGUGAAAAAACCUCCGCCAGAAACUUUUUUUUUCAAUUCAACGUUCCUGUAUCUAUUUUAAUUGCGGCAAUUUCACAUAAUUUUCUCAAUGUAAAUAAGAAAAGGAAGAGGAGGGAGGAGGAUUGGUAA